GCAUUCGCCUGCCCCGACAUGUCGUCUCAAACGGUAAUGAAUUGCCUUUGCCAACUGUUUUCGAUUUUCGGUAUGCCUUCUUACAUACAUACCGACAGAGGCGCUGCUUUCAUGUCUACCGAAUUACGGGCAUUUCUUCUGGAGAAAGGCGUAGCAACCAGUCGUACUACCUCAUACAAUCCUCAAGCCAAUGGGCAGGUCGAGCGCCUCAAUGGAACACUUUGGCGUGCCAUCACUCUAGCAUUAAGAUCACGGGGCCUACCAACGGCACAAUGGGAGUCUGUUCUACUCGACGCCUUGCAUUCCAUCAGAUCUUUGCUCUGUACUGCAACGAACGCCACGCCACACGAACGACUGUUUACCUAUAACCGAAGAUCGACAUCUGGGACAACUCUUCCUACUUGGCUCACUGUGCCAGGACCAGUACUUCUCCGGCGGAGUGUUCGUCAGUCCAAAUUCGAUCCCCUGGUUGAAGAGGUGGAGCUAUUGAAUUGUAACCCGCAAUUCGCUCACGUUCGCUUCGGUAAUGGACGUGAAGAUACAGUUGCUCUUCAUCAUCUGGCACCCAAAGGCGAAGAUAUAGAUCAAGUUGAAAAUUCAAUACCGGAGGGCGACGCAAUUCCUGAGCAACAAGUAAAUGGGGAUGCGACCACUGAUCCUAAUAUUCUUCGUGAAGAAAAUACAACUGAAACGAACAACGGGCGUAUUCUUUUGGAAAAACAACAACGUGUACGGCCUUACAAUUUGCGUACCAGAGAAGCGUGACAUAAUGGCUCAUUCCUUUUCAAGCCGCAGUGAAUGUUGUGAACUUUUCUUAUAAUACGUAUCUAGUCAUAUUCAUAUCUCUACCGCUAUUAACACUCUUUUUUUCCUUUAUAUGUUUAAGCCAUUCCGGCUUCAUUGUAAAAUGAAUAAAGCCUAAAUUCUUGGUUCAUUCGUCUUUUCAAGAUUCAAGCAUCACUCAUCGUUCUAAGACUCAAUCACCUUCGUAACACAG